AGGAAGCGGAAGUGGAUCGUGGGGGACACGGAAAUAAUUCUGUGAUUUGCGAGACUAAAGGCGCCGAGCUGAAACCUGCGUCCGUUGUUUUGACCGUUAAAUCUCCACCGACCCGCGGAGGUGGUCCUCGGACUGCCGGGACUUACCGGGAGUGUGCGCUUGAUCCACCGAUCGGCUGCUGCCGUUGUUACCGUGCGCCAUCUCGUGUCUCCGCGGAGCCCGGUGCUCGUUAGCCGGUGUUGUGACGGUCAUGGCGGCGGGAGGCGGCGCGGCUCCUCCGCAUGUCGGUGAUGUGGAAGAAGACGCUUCGCAGCUGCUGUUUCCCAAAGAGUUCGAGAACGCAGAGACUCUGCUGAACUCGGAGGUCCACAUGUUGCUGGAACACAGGAAACAGCAGAACGAGAGCGCCGAGGACGAACAGGAGCUGUCAGAGGUUUUCAUGAAGACUCUGAACUACACGGCUCGAUUCAGCCGCUUCAAGAACCGGGAGACCAUCACCGCCGUACGCAGUCUCCUCCUGCAGAAGAAGCUUCAUAAAUUCGAGUUGGCCAGUUUAGCAAAUCUGUGCCCUGAAGCCGCUGAAGAGGCCAAGGCCCUGAUCCCGAGUCUGGAGGGUCGGUUUGAAGACGAGGAGCUGCAGCAGAUCCUCGAUGACAUCCAGACCAAGAGAAGCUUCCAAUACUGAGGCCAGACUCAAGACCCAGACCAGGACUGCUUUCUGGGCUCUGUGAUUCCUGGUUCUCCUGCUGGACUUGUCCUGCUCCGACCACUGUCAGGUCCCUGUCUUGUCUGCAGUUUUAUAUCCAGGACUUCUGAACUGAACUGUCUGAUCCCAGUCCAGUGUGGAUCCUGAUGGGUCUCUGUGCAGCUCAUCUUCCUUCUACCAUCACAAUAAACUUUGAUUUGUCUUUUUUUUUACAUGAUUUGUUCUCUUGUUUCUGACGGAUCACCUCUGGGUCCGACUUCAGAGCUGAGAUCUGGUCUCACUUUGGUGCUCUGGUCCAUCAUUUCUAUCAGUUCCAGAGACACUGUGUUGACCUAUUAUACAUUGUAAUACCUGGUACAAGCCAACAACAGUAAGAGCAUCAGUUUGGACUGGAUGGAUUAUUUAUCUGCAGCGAAGUCUGUAAGAAAGGAAACGAUCUAAACACAGUUAGUGAAUUACAACACUUAAAGGAGUUUUUGAUCAUUUAUCCACCAGUCUUUGGCAGCUUCUUC